UCCCUCAUCAACUCAACUCAGAUCCUAUAUUCCUAUCUUCAAAAAAAAUUAUGAUAAAAUCACUUCUCAGCCACGUAUAUACAGAUGCAAAAUCCAAGUUUAGCUCCUUAAUUCUUCUUGUAACAAUAUAUUAAUACAUGAUUGGGUUGUUUUGCAUUUUGAGUAUAACAAAAAGUGAUAGAAUCAAAUUUAGAAGAGUCUUCCAAAGCUUCUUUUAUCUGAUAUGAGCAUCACAGUUAUGGAAGCAGAAGAACAAGAGGGUCAUCCUCACAUGGCCAUGUUUAUGGUAUUAGGACACCUUCCAUUGUAUGAGAUUUUAACCAUGUCUAAUGUUUGCAAAUCACUAUUAGAUGAAAUCAAUAGUGAUGUAUUGCUAUGGCAUCGUCUUAUUGUUGAAUCCCCUCUCAAUUCAAGACUCACUGAUGAGACUCUAUUGAAAAUCACAUCCAAGGCUAAUGGUAGGCUUAAAACACUUGCUCUUAUGAAUUGCAUCCACAUCACUGAUCAAGGACUCCUAAGAGUUGUAGAACAAAAUCCUUACAUUAAAGAGCUUCAUAUACCAGCAUGCACUAGCAUAACUCCUGAAGGAAUCCUAAAAGUUGUGGAAGCAUUGUGCGAAAGAAGCAAUUGCUUAACCAACUUGAGUAUAAACGGCAUCUACAACAUACAAAAAGAGCAUUAUCACAUGCUUGCCUUGAACCUCAGAAAAAACCUCACAUUAGAAUAUGAGCAAACGCCGCCGCCUUUUUAUCAUCACAUACAAUUCGAGCAUAAUGUCCUUGCAUCGAAUCUCAGAUUAGACUACGAGGAGAAAAUGCAGCAGCCUGUCUACUAUCACAAACGCGGUAGCGUUUCAUCAUUCAAACAAGGAGAAAACAGGCGGAUUAUUGAUUUGGAGAUAUGUCCCAAGUGCGUUGAGGUGAGGAUGGUAUAUGAUUGCCCAAAAGUGGACUGCUGCAAGAGGAAGGAAUGUAGAGGAUGCAUAUUUUGUAUUCCGAGGUGCGAAAACUGUGGUGGAUGUGUUGGAUCGGACGAACCUGAAGAGGGUGCCUGUGGAGAUAUCUUGUGCCUUGAGUGUUGGUUGCAGGUUCCUAAGUGCAAUUUCUGUAACAAGCCAUAUUGUAUGCAGCACACAGAUUGGUGGUGUACUUCUACAGAUUCUUCAUUGCUCUGCAGAGUUUGUGAUGAAAAUUCUCAUGGAUAUACAUACACUGAUGUUCUAUAAAGAAAACUCACUCAUGAUGGUUAAGCUUGCAUUAUUAUAUGCCUAGUCAUUGUGAGCUACCAUAAUUUGUAUGAAGUUUUUAGUUACAGAAAUUAUUGUUGAUUAUGGUAUUUGCAUUCA